AUGUGCCUGGAACAGUUGGAGAUGCUUUCUGAAAAGAAGCGUCUGAGGAUAUUUGAUGGUGAGCAAAGAACUGGGUCUGCCACAGAGGAGGAAACUGAAGGGCAUGUAAGAAUAUCACAGCUAUUUACUCAACAAAACAACAAUGUAGAUUCCACUUCUUCUUUAAGGAAUAUUGCAGGGGUGGAAGAAUCAGAUACUAAAAUGGGCAGAGGAGAAGACUGUGAUGCUCUGAGUAUAAAUGCCGAUACAUCCAACAGUGACAUAGAGGGUUCAAGUUGCGAGGAAUGGAAUACCGAUGCAUCUGCGGCGCUACCCAUUAAAGCAGCUGAACAGCCUGAUGACUUAGUGAUGGACAUUGAGAAAAGUGUGAGCGAGAUCUUAGGCUUGGCAGAGCUAUUAUCUGAAGAGAUUCCCCCUGCUGCAGUGAAUGUGCUCCCUGAGGAUGUUCAGCCAUCAGCUCAACAGCUUGAUCUAUUGGAAUUAGAGAUGAGAGCCAGAGCAAUCAAAGCCUUGAUGAUGGCUGGCGAUGUGAAGACGUCUUAAAAAUGUUGUACUUUCCUUUUAUUUUUACUUGCUUUCAGUUUAAUGAGAUAUAUCUGUAACUUAUCAAGCAAAUUUUCUUAAACAGGCCCUAGGCACAGCAUUUCCAGACAAGGUUCUAUAGUGUCUUUUUACAGUCUUUGUUAAUUAGAACGUAUCUGUAAUAGAAUCAGCUUGAACUCUGGUACAGCAAGCCUUAUUUAUUUUAGCCACAUUUAUUGUGGGAUGGUACCAUUUCAUUAUUUAAAAAAUAGUGGUAGCAGUUGCUUGCCUUUCUGUAUCACUUGUCAGAUACAGAAUGAUUCUCUAAAGCAUGUGCUUCAUUAAGGGCCCUUGCACACGGGUUGUUUUACCUGCAUUGCAGG